GCGUCUCGCCGGGUUCCCUAAAGUUUCAGAGCUUGCAUCCUCUCAGCGGUAGAAGACCGCGGAGCUGCGGGAUCGGACGGCCGUCGAUCGAAGAGAGCAAGCGAUGAGUGGCGGGGAUCUGCAGCUGCCCCCUGGGUUCCGCUUCCACCCCACGGACGAGGAGCUCGUCGCGCACUACCUCUGCCGCAAGUGCGCCGACCUCCCCGUCCCCGUCCCCAUCAUCGCCGAGCUCGACCUCUACAAGUACGACCCCUGGCAGCUCCCAGGGUUGGCGUCGUACGGAGAGAAGGAGUGGUACUUCUUCUCGCCGAGGGACCGGAAGUACCCCAACGGGUCGAGGCCGAACCGGUCGGCGGGGUCCGGGUACUGGAAGGCGACCGGGGCGGACAAGCCGGUGGGGACGCCCAGGCCGCUGGCCAUCAAGAAGGCCCUCGUCUUCUACGCCGGCAAGGCCCCUAAGGGGGAGAAGACCAACUGGAUCAUGCACGAGUACCGCCUCGCCGACGUCGACCGCUCCGCCCGCAAGAACAACUCGCUCCGGCUGGACGACUGGGUGCUGUGCCGUAUCUACAACAAGAAAGGAAACAGCGGCUCGGAGAAGCCGGGGAACCCGGUGAGUCACCCGUCUGGGUCGACGGUGGCCGGCGACAGCCCCGAGGACCGGAAGCCAGCGCUCGGCCAGGGCGCGCCGCCGCUGGCGUACAGCUUCGCGCCGUCGGACUCCAUACCCAGACUGCACGCCGACUCGAGCUGCUCGGAGCACGUCCUGUCGCCGGAGUUCGUGUGCGAGAGGGAGGUGCAGAGCCAGCCGCGGUGGCGGGCCACCGACCGGGACAAGGCCGUCGGCCUCGGGAAUCCCGCUGCCGCCUACAACGCCAACGCCAAUUCGGCCUUCACCCAGUUCGAACCGGGCCUGCUCUCCUCCGGGUUGGGGGACCCGUUCCAGGACAUCCUCAUGUACCUGGGGAAGCCCUUUUGAGCCACGAGAACACCAGCGGACGGAGUUGACUCAGCGAGCUGCGGUGGAAUCGGUGCGCGCGGAGGGGGGUUUCUGGCCGUCGGAUUCGGAACCAUCCGAAUGGCACGGCGGGAGGCGCCACGGCAGCGAUGAGACCGACUCGAUUCCGGGCGGCCGAGUUAUGAACGAGUGGACGUACAGAUUGGUUGUUUAGCGGAUGAUACUGCAGGGGCACACGUUUCUUUCAUACAUAGAGGCUUCAUGGAAUGAAUCCAAUUAAGGAACAAAAACCAAGACCCCAAAAGCUUGAGAAGAACACGAAUUAUACUAAGUUAUUGGUGUUCAAAGAAAAAUUUUAAUCUCAAGGCGAAUUAUCCAUUGAUGUUAAGUCACGUUUCAUUUGCGUUUAAAAAAUCAGAUCAAAAGUAAGGAUGAUGAAUAAAUAUCUAAUUUCGGA